AUGUGCAACAGCUGUAGUUCAAAACAAGACGCCAGCCGGCCGGCCGCCAUUACCGCCGCCGGAGCGGGCGCAAUGUAUCACAAAGCUCGUGACACUAUUGACACUAGUAAACGCAUGUUUCCACACACCCAUGUGUUUUCAAAUACCAUCAUUGAUCGUGACUCGAUCAAUAAAUUUAAUAUAACAACUUGUCUGCGAGCACAAAAUACAAAUAAUGUUCUUCCGGAGGAAAUAAAUCUGCCAGAUGGAAGUCGUUUCUAUGGAUUUUUGGUCAAAAUUGGAUGGACCUCUGAUUUGGGGGAAGUAUCAUUUCAUUGUGGUGGGACUUUGAUUUCAGAGAAAUUUGUUCUUUCUGCUGCUCAUUGUAUGGCUUAUGAACGACCUUUGUACAAAAGUCAACCGGAUAUCGUACGUAUUGCUGAACGUUUAAGCGGGGGAAAAAUUACUGGCGAAGACAUUAAAAUUGCCAACAUAAAUACACAUAUUUUGUAUGGGGAAUUAAAUAUGUAUGAUGAUAUUGCAAUCAUUGAAUUGGAGGAAAAAUCAAAAAAUCAACCAGCAUGUAUUUGGAUCGGAGCAGGGUUGCCAACAUCACCUCUAUUUGCUUUGGGACAUGACUUAAGAAAUCAUGGAAAACAACAAAUCAUGAGUCUAAAAUUAGUUAAAAGUGACGAUUGUGAUCGAAGAUAUUCGCCAUCGAGAAAACUUCCUAAUGGAAUAAUUGAAUCCCAAUUCUGUGCUGGAAGUUCAAAUAUAACAGAAGGUGAUAAAUGCAAGGGUCAUAUUGGAGGUCCGCUUUUGACGCAAUUGGAAGAAUCAUCAGAUGAAGUUUAUGUUGUUGGUCUAACAAAUUAUGGACAAAGAUGUUCAUCAACAGACUUCCCUAAUAUCUAUACGAAAAUAUCUUUCUACAAAGAUUGGAUAUUAGAUAAUGUAAAAUAAAAAACUAAUUAAAACUUUUA